AAAACACGUACGACUUGAUUAAUUCGAAACGCGCGCCGAUUUCAAAUUUGUGAAAAUAAUAUAGAAUCUACAUUUUAUUUAAAGACAGAGGUAAGGUAAACAAAUUCACGAUCUAUGAAACAUAGGGGUCUGGGUGGCUGCUGUUGGAGAAACACUUGAUAGUGAGGCAGUAACCAAUCAUUGAACCAUGAACGGCGACUCUUUCUUCCGACAACUGAAGCAGCUUUGCCGUGUGGUGGAGCAGGGGCUACAGGAAGUGAGCGAUGAGGUCGACAAUAACCGAUCCAAGCGCGGGCCGGCGGGCGCCAACAAAAAGAUCAUGGAUCUGAAAUCGGAUGUCGAGGAGAUGCAGAAUCAAGGGACACAACUACUGCAGAAAAUGGAAAUGGAUGGCAAAAAGUUUGACAAGAUUUUGAGGAUCUCCAAGCAGUACAUUGAGAUACACAGACAGAGAGUACAGAAAACGGAGGAGUACCUGGCUAAAUACGGAUACCAGAAACCAGAUAUCAAGCCAAAGGAAGAGGAAAGAGAGGAACCAGUUGAAGACAAAGAGAGCCAGUGUAGUGGGGACCAGAAAACGAUUGACAGCAGCACAACACCCAAGAGGGAGAGAUCACCCUCCAAGGGCCCCCGUACCCCCAAACCUGAGGACUUUGGCCUGAGCAGUCUGACCCUGAGUGCCUGUAAACGUCCGGAAAAAACACAGGUGUUCACCUACCCAGAUGUCGGCUCCCACAGGAGUACUAAGCUGGACUCAGUUCCUGACAUUUUCCAACACGACGGACUUCAAGUCACACCUGGACUUCUGGGCGGAAACUAUUCCUCACCCUGCUGGAAAAAAGAUGAUAAAAAGUUUCUGGUCCCUAAACUUCAAGACAGUGCAUUCAGAAAGGUAGAUAAAGAAAACUAUGACAGUUCACAAAGCCCCAUUCCAAGAUUCAAAGCAAUGGCUUCUGGGAUUGGAAAGGAGUUUCAGGAUAUUACGGGAAUCCAUCGCCUCCCUAACACUCCGGAGCUAACCACAACAAAGAUCUUUAACCCCGCUCUCAGACCUUUCCACGACACCCCUGACCAGCAGAGACAACCCCCCAAACACAGGAGUAACCUCACCCCAGAUUCACCCUUCUUCCUAAAGAAAUACAAGACAGCAGAGGCUCAUUUCACCAGUACUGGAACUGAAGUGCAGAAUCCUCCUAGAAUGCCACAACAGCCUCCCAUAAUGCAACAGCAACCACCCACAAUGCCAGUGCAGCCUUCAGUGAUGUCACACCAAUUUCCCACAAUGCCACAGCAGCCUCCCAUGAUGCAACAGCAGCUUCCCACAAUGCCUCAACAACCCUCCACAGUGCUACAGCACUUAGAGAGUCGUAGUGGAGCAGAACUAUUGAAUGAAAUGCCCCAGAUGCCAAAGUUGAAGGGAAAAUACAGCAUCUUUACAGAUAUACACAGCUAGAAUGUGUAAAAUUGAGGCAGUGAUUGUAGAUUGUAGAUGAAUUACACAGGACAUCUGACUGUCUUUGUUGUGAGCAUUAAGACUUCCUACUAUAGAAAACGAGUAUGGAUCAGAUUCAUGAUGUUUGCAACUAGCUGCUCAUAUGAUAUGCAUUAAACCAGUAAAUAGUGAAAAUAUG